CAAGAUCCUUUUCAAGACUCGCCCCAAGCCCAUUAUUACCAGCGUCCCCAAGAAAGUAUGAAAGAACCCCGGAUUUUCCCUAGAGAGCGGCCAACUCCUUGGACUCGUGCUCCGCUGCCACCCCGAGGACGACUCGACAGUUCCCUGGGACCACAGGGGGGUCCUAUGCUAAACACAGGCCACCCACUUGGUGUGAACUCAGAUCCCUUCCUUAUGGCAGCUGGUACUCUUGGUGGAAAUCUGGCCCCGUUUCCAAGGAACCCAUCUCCUUUUCCAACGCCAUCAGGCUCAUUGGCUUCAAAUCCGGCACCUUUCCCUGCUGGUGCUCGUGACCCAAGCAUGACUUCUUUUCCAAGAGGGAUGAAUCCCACUGGCACAGGUGCAGUUUCUUUCCCAAGGCCAGGCGGCCUCUUGGGUCCAGGCCCAGGCCCAGCUCUAAACCCUAGAACAGGGGCUCUUCCAGGCCCAGGACCCCUGUCUAACCCAAGGUUAGGAGGUCUUCCAGGCCCAGGUCCUAUGUCCAACCCAAGGGCAGGUGGUCUCCUAGGAGCAGGUCCUGAUCCCAGAAGUGGUGGCCCCAUGGGCCCUGGAUCUGGACCUAACCUGAGAGCAGGUGUCCUCUUGACCUCUGGGAAUGGCCCGCCCAAUACUAGGCCUGUUGGCCUGGGUCCUGGACCAAAUCCCAAUAUGAGAUCAGGCUUCUUAGGUUCAGGCCCUGCCCCCAGGUCAGGUAUGUUUCCAGGCUCAGGCCUUGGGUCCAACCCAAGAGCAGGUGGUCUGGGCCCAGGCCUUGGGCCCAACCAAAGGGCAGGUGGCCUGGGCCCAGGCCCUAAUCUGGACACCAGAGCAGGUGGCCUCUUGGGCACAGGAUCUGGUCUUAACUUAAGAAUGGCUGGACCACAAGGCUUAGAUCUUGCCCCCAUUCUAAGAGCUGCAGGUCUUUUAGGAGCAAAUUCAGCUUCUUUCUCACAGGCUUCUGGAAACAUGGGCACAAGCCCAUCUUCCAUGGCAAGAGGACCUGGCCCCAUGGGCCCAAACUCAGGUCCUGGCUCUCGGGGAAUUGGUCUUCCAGGGCCAAAUCCAUCUCCCAUGUCAAGGGUUCCUGGCUCCAUGGGCCCUAAUUCAGCUCAUUUCUCAAGGCCAGCUGGCCCCAUGGGGGUAAAUGCCAAUCCCUUUCCAAGGGGGACAGGUUCAGGAGGACUGAACCCAACUGCCUUUUCUCAGUCUUCUGGCUCAUUGGCUGCAAACCCAGCUACCUUCCAAAGGUCUGCUGGCCUCCAGGGCCCAAGUCCAGCAAUGUUUCCAAGAGCCUCUGGGCCACUAGGCCCCAACUCAGCUAACUUCCCGAGGGCCACUGGCCUGCAGGGUCCAAGUUCGGCUACCUUCCCAAGGUCUACUGGCCCAUUAGGCCCUGGGCAAGUUGCUUUCCCCAGGGGGUCAGCUUCUGGGCCCCUGGGCUCUUCUACAGCAGGUCCUAUGGGUAUCAACCCAGCUCCUUUUGCAAGGCCAAGUGGGACCCUGGGUCUAAACCCAGCUUCUUUUCCGAGGAUGAAUGGCCCUGCAGGAAAAAGUUUGGUCCCAUUUCCUAGAGUGGGGAGUCUCCCUGGCACAAACCCAGCUGCUUUCCCCAGACCAGGGGGUCCAAUGGCUGCAAUGUACCCAAAUGGAAUGUUACCCCCUUAAACACCAUUAUCCCUCUAGGACCACUUUGGUUUCCAGGCACUGUGGUUCUGGGAAGGGGCUGUCCUUUAGGUAAAAGGAUAGAUAUAGAGCUAUGGUCUGAAGUACCUAGCUGGGGCUCAAGUUUAAAUGAGCCAUCUUUUUUCUCUGCUUAUUUCUUGACUGAAGGUGAAAUGUUAUUUGUGGGACAGACUAGGGCGAGUGGGAAUGAUCCUGACCUUGAGAAGAAGGAUCUCCAGCCUUCCAGAAGCCUACUGUGCUUUUGUCCCAUAGCUUUCUGCCCCUUGUUUCUUACUAGUUUCUUGGAUCGUUCUUGUGGACUUUUCCUCAGGGAUACAUUGGCCUGCAGGUCCAAUUCACAUGUAUUCCCCUGCUCACCACUGGAGAAUCAGCUCACUGCUCUUUAGAAGUGUUGCAUUGGUGAAUGGACCAUGCUUCAGUAGCUCUGAUCUGGGCAGCUUGGACCUGGUCAUCCUCUACUGCCAAACCUUUCCCUGGGGGCUUGAACACAGAACAGGGAGAUGGACAACCACUUCAGAGACCUGCCAGAGAGAAUUUCUGCUUGAGUGACUCAGCCUGAGACUCUCCUCCUCCUGGGAUAUACAGGUGGCCAGACUUGAGGCUCGUCCAACCCCCUCUCCACUGGUACUCCCAAUCAAAGAACCUCAAAAUUUAAACUGAUAUGGAUGGGAUCUGGGGUGGGAGUAGGGGUGGGGUGGGGGGAACAAG